AUGUUCGCUGAUGAUGUUAAAGUUUGGAGCGUCAUCCGAACUGAAUUGGACGAAGAGCGCUUGCAGGCAGACCUGACCCGACUCGAGAAAUGGUCACAGGACUGGCUUCUGCCGUUUAAUGUGACUAAGUGCAAUGUUUUGCGAGUCGGCAGGACCCUAUCUCAAAGCCGGAGGGGUUACUACCUAAAUGGCGUACCACUUCAGGAGGUAGACGCCCAGAAGGACUUGGGUGUGUGGGCAACGGCUUCUCUAAAACCGUCGCUCCACUGCUCCAAGGUAGCCAAGUCUGCGAUGUCAGUCCUUUAUCUUGUCAAGAGAGCUUUCUCUACCUUCGAUGAGGACUGCUUCGUUAAAGUCUUUCGGACUUUCGUACGGCCACAGCUAGAAUUCGCUAUUCAGGCGUGGAAACCCUGGACCUCUAAAGACCUCAGCAUCCUUGAGAAAGUCCAUAGGCGGGAGACCAAACUCGUAAGAGGACAGGGUUCACUACCCUAUGAAACACGUUUGUCCAAUCUCGGACUUUUUCCACUGAGUUACAGACAGCUAAGAGGCGACCUUAUACAAACAUGCCGUAUUUUGCGCGGCCACGACUGCUGUCUCGUACCUGCUGAUUUCUUUGAGUUAGCGACCACAACGAACCUCCGAGGUCAUCCACUUAAGCUACGCGUAACUGGCGCCAAGCUGGACAUUCGGAAGUUCAUCUUUUCGAACAGAGUGAUCGAGGCCUGGAAUGCUCUGCCUGAAGGUGUCGUCAUGUCCACCUCCGUCGAGGCUUUUAAACGCAAGUUGGACCAGUGUACCACCAAACGUCAUAAUGCCACCUGA